AGAUAGAGGGAGGGACGAUACUGAGCGAGGCGCGUCACACGCUCAGCGCUGUGAGCGCAGUCCAAGCCGGAGCCGCUGGAUGUUGGUGCGCGCGCUCAGCAUCACAACAUCUGCCGGCCGGCCUCUUCCUCAGGACAACAUCUGUACAACGAUCCGUCCAUCAGUCUGUAACUGAAGCUGGUCCAGACUGAGCUGCUAGGUUCCAGAAAUGAGGUUAAAGGUAAGAGGUCAUAGCUACAUGCUGAGAAUCUUCAUCAGCAGUGAGGAUGAUGAUGACAGAAGAGUCAGACCUGCUCUUUUGUUCAACCUGCUGAGUAAUAGGCUUCAGACUCUACAGAGAAUAAGUUGGUGACGUCAGCAUCGUAGGUCUUUGGACUCCUCAGGGUACUGUCCCUGAACACCUCAACGUACGGUCACUGAACGCCUCAGGGUACUGCGUUGGUUCUCUCUAUUUCUGGAUGUAUGAGUCAUCUUUACUCAUGUUAUACAAUAGAAUCUUUGCUCAACUUAGACACUUUCGAGGUUUGACUCAGUUACUGCAGAGUCCAAGAACCUGGAACUCGACUACAGUAAUGUUCUGAACUCGACUUUAAGUUUAAUAUAAAAGCAGAAUGUUCCCCAGUGACCUUGGCUCUUAUCUGUGGGCCCAGCAGGGGGCGGAGGGGCCGAGGGGCUGUUGAAGCUGCCGAAUGAGGCCAUGGGCUCAGCCAGUGCUGCAGCUGGUGGUGGUGCUGGGAGGCAACCGCCCACCGUCACUGGAGGAAUUUAAGUUGAGCAGCUCCAGUAUUGGUGCUGUGAUGCCAGACCGACAAGCUGUAACCAGAGCAACACAGUUGUCUGAUGUCAGAGCUUCACAGUAGCAUGAAGGCAAGAGAAAGGAGGAAAGGAAACAAGGAGGUGCUGAUCUGCUGCAGAAUCUCAAAACCAGCAGAGUAGACGUGAUGCCUCAUUCUCUCUGAGGACGGACCAAUCAGCAGCCAGGAUGAUGCCAAAGCAGCAGCUGGCUCAGACGUCUCCAGGGAGCGUGCUGUCGCUGCGGGGUUCCGGUAUCCCAGGAUCCCCUGCUGCCAUCGUGGCCCGCGUGGAGGACGGUGUCAUCGGCUAUAAGGACCUGGCAGCGUUACCGCGGGACAAAGCCAUCCUGGAGAUAGAGAGGCCGGACCUGAUGAUCUACCAGCACUACAGCUACAGCCCGCUGGAGAGGUCCCUGUCUCCUCGCUCCAUCUCACCUCCUCCCUCCCCCGAGAACCUCCCUAAAGACUGGCUGGAGAAUCGGUCUCCUGCAGGAUCCUCUCCUGGUUCCACGAUCCAGACCGACAGCAGAACCCACAGCUCGCACACUCCAUCAACUCCACAGGCCCCAAACGCACCGAACACGGCCAGCACACACAGCUCUGCUAAGAGCAGUGUGCAGCACUUCCACAGGCCCGAAAACGGCACCAACAUCUACAAGAAGCCUCCGAUCUACAAACAAGAUGUGUCGUCGUCCUCGCUCCCUCAGGGGAAACACAUCGAGGAUCUGAUCAUCGAGUCGUCAAAGUUUCCGGCUGCUCACCCUCCCGACCCGAACCAGCCCAGCAAAAUCGAGACCGAGUCCUGGCCCUGCCCGCCCUCCCUGGCCGUGAUCGAGAAGGAGUGCAGGAGGCAUGAGCAAAAGGAGGAGGAGGAUGAAGAGCUGGAGGAUGAACUGUGGGGACUGCGACCUCUUCAGAAACAGGAACUGAACAAGAUCCAGUCCAACCUGGGUAAAAUCCUCCUGAAGGAGGAGCUGGGGAGGUGUGCGGCUCCUCUGAGGAGGAAGACCCGCUCCCUGCCGGACCGCAGCCACGGCACCGGUACCGACGCCUUGGUGUGUGAGCUCCAGCGUGUGGACGCCUCUGCUCCUCCCCCUCCCGGCUCCAGCGCCUCCCGGGCCGUGUACUUCCCGGCGCCGUCCAGGAUGGGCCUGUCCAGGCUUCAGUCGGCAGAGUUUGGCGCGUCGGACAAGGCUGCAGCUUCUUCUCUGUCUGCAGCGCUUCAGAAUGGAGAGUCCAGGAUGGACAGAGGGAACUCGCUCCCCAGCAUGUUGGAGCACAAGGUUUAUCCCUAUGAGACGCUGGUGCUGACUCACAGAGGACGGAGCAAACUGCCCCCGGGUGUGGACAGAACCAGGCUGGAGCGGCACCUGUCUCAGGAGGAGUUCUUCAGUGUUUUUGGGACGACCCUGGAGGAGUUCGACCGUCUGUCUCUCUGGAAGAGGAACGACAUGAAGAAGAAGGUCUGUCUCUUCUGAUGCUGCUUGGCUCCAUCAGUGCCAGGAUCCUGGCAGGACAGAUUGUGAAUCAAGCUUCACUACUAUUAAUGCCCCCCCCCCCACACACACACACACACACUCAGGCUCUGCUCCUGGUGACUCGCAGUCAUCUCAGAUCUGAGCCUGUUCCUAUGAUGUCAACGACACCCAAGGACUCGCAGACGGUUUGAUGGCAGUCAAUCGCAUGACCGGCAGGAAGAGGGCGAUGCGUUCAGGUGCCUGAUGGAAAGUUAUAGGUUGUAGGCAGCUCAUCAGGAUCGGUCUAUAGCACGAGGCCUUUCAGCUGGAUCAGCCGAUCCUGGAUCCGACUCACCAGGUGACGUCCAGCUGUGAUCAAACCGUCUCCUCCUCCUCUCUUGUGUCCUGCUCAGCAUCAGCCACUGCCCUGUGUUUUCUAGCACACACACACUCACAGCUCACAAUGUUGAAGAUUAGAAACGACCUUUGACCCCGGAUCCCAGAGCCGAGACCCGUGGGUCGUAGACUUUGUGUGUCGGCUCGUGUUGCUUAGUGACCAAUGAUGUGCAGCUAUUUUCUAAGCUCCAUGGAGAAGUGGCAUGUUUGUUGUUAAGGUGAACUCAUUAUAAAACACAUGAAUGUGGAGAAAAGACAUUUCACAGACUGAAGGAAUGAUGGGACGUCGCUGACAGCUGAGCUCAACUGAACAGCGUCUUCAUCAUAAGACUCCUACCUGAACAAACCCUGUCUCUACGACUGUAAAGCCGUGAGACGCCGGUGGACGGUCCUGUUUACGGUCGACUCAGCUCAGCAGACGCGCUUCCUGUGUCUGUGCCUCCUUCAUGCGGAGGUUCCCUUUUCUCUCAGCAGGAUUAGACUAAGUUCAGAUUGGUUGGCGUGGACUUGGUCUGGUUUGAUCUGGUUUGGUUUGAUUUAGUUGCUGUAAUGACACAGAUUGUUCCAUGUUGUUGGUUGUUUUUCCUUUUUUGUACAUUUUUAGCUGUUUAUAGUGUUUUUUUUUCUGACUUCUUCUAAAACACAAGUCAACUUCAUGUGGGCAUGUCACUGUCAACAAGCCCGAUUGGCUGCUGCAUGAUGUCAUUUCAAUUUAAACUUUAUUGAAUAAAGUUGUAAAAUAACAAUAGCACUUAAAAGCUUUUAGUUUAGAUGUAAAGCAGCUGUUGUUCUGAUUUGACCUGGUGUUUUACUGAAGCAAAGUCAAAGGUCAGAAUGAGAUUGUAGUAAGCCUAACUAAAGAACUGAGGUCAAAGGUCACACUGAGGUCAGGCUUACUUCUGCUGUACAUACUGAACCACUGAGUGAUGACACUCAUGAUUGUUGUGGAUGUAGGUGAUGUAACAUAUGAAUGGUGAUGUGGAUGAUUAACCAUGAGUUACAAUAAAGAGCAUUUUAUUUGCUUUGUUGAA